ACACAAAUCUGUGAUAAGUUCACUACACGCAAAGGCAACAACAGCAACGAAAAAAAAAUUGUUUCUUUUUGGAAAAAAUAUAUAUGUGUGUAUUUUAUAUAUAUACAAAAAAAAACGCGUCGAUGAACAGAAAAAAAAUUGCGAAAAGUGGUUAUACCGUGGUUGGUAUUAAUGGUGAAAACAAGUAUACAGCUGAAAUUUGGCAAACGAGUUUAACGCAGCGAGCAAAAUUGAGCAGAACUAACAACAAUAACAGCACAACACACAACACUGAAGUCGAUUGGAGUGCUUCGUUCGUGGAUUUUCCUGAAAAGUGAUUCCGAGAGUGUGUAGCAUCGUCAUUAACUGAACAUACGUUGAAGCUGACAGACUCAUUCAACGCAUACUGUGACACACACAGCCGUAACAUUUGUUGUUAUUAUUAUUUGUUUUUUAAUCGCGCGCGCGUCUUAUAUCAAUUGAAUUGUUUUCUAUCACAUUGAACGAUACGGAUUUUCCAACCGAUAGAAAGAAAAAGAAUUUAAUUGUGACAAAGAUAUUGUGUCAUGUGCUCAGUGCAUCUGAUAAACACUGUCGUAGAAUUAUAUACUUAUUUUUCAGCAGCUUUUUGUUUUCCGGUGUUCGGUAGCAUUGUUUAGAAUUGUUGUUGUUUUUUUUUAAUAUUAUUUUUCGUUUCCACUUUGAGUGUUUGCUAUACAACCGAUUCAAUCCUAAUUCUGUUUAGAUUGAUUCAAUAUGAAACAGUACUUGCUGGUUGACAACGCAAAACAGUUCAGUGCAUCAGAAUCCAACUAAAGAAACGGUUGGAAAAUAAUGUGCACAAUUAUUUACAACAUAAUUUAUUGCGAAUUACACGAGUUGAAAUUCAUUUUAUGUAAAAAAAAAUCGGUCUUGUAAACAAUAUAAGCGAUAAAAAUCAAAAAAAAAAAAAAAAAAACAAAGUAAAAUCAAAAGGAUAAAUCAAAAGUUUUUUUUUAUGUGCCAAAAAGUUCAACGCAAUUCACUUACAAAUCAAGUUCGGCUAGAAUACGGAAACCAUUUGUGAACGUUCGGGUUUGGUUCAAGAAACAAACAAAGAAACAAAAAAAACGAAAAUAGUGUUUGAAUACGCGGUAAAUUGUGUGUGUCUUUGGGAAGAAAAAAAGAAGACAAACGAAUUAAUUUUACAAUUCACAUCGAUUACUAGUUGCAAUAAGGAUAUUUCUACCAUACAAAAAGCAUUCAAAUGGCGUCCGGAUUCGUGAAAAUUGCCAUGGAUGAGUUUUACUCACACAAUCCCAACAACCUAACCGGAUUGGUUCAACGGUAUUGGACGAUGGUCGAAGACGAUGUUGCAGAUCCAAGAGCGAAAAAUUAUAUGUUCAUGAACAAUCCACUGCCAACCCUUGGAAUGUGCGCCACAUAUUUAGCAUGGGUUUUGAUCAUCGGCCCCAUUUAUAUGCGAGAUAGAAAACCAAUGGAUAUUAAAAAUCUUAUUAUAUUCUAUAAUGCAUUCCAAGUAGCUUUAAGUGCAUACAUGUUCUACGAGCAUCUAGCGGCUGGCUGGUGGAGAGAUUACAGUUUGAGCUGUCAACCCGUGGAUUAUAGUGAUUCAUAUCAGUCUCGAAGGAUGUUAAACUUGUGCUAUGUGUAUUAUUUGUCAAAAUUGACCGAAUUCGCGGACACAAUUUUCUUUGUACUGAAAAAGAAGAAGUCGCAGAUGACCUGGUUACAUUUGUACCAUCACUCAUUGACCCCACUUGAAGCAUGGAUCUUAGUCAAAUUUUUGUCAGGUGGAAAUGCAACAUUCCCGAACAUUUUGAAUAACUUCGUUCACAUCUGUAUGUACAGCUAUUAUAUGCUAUCAGCAAUGGGUCCGCAGUUCCAGAGAUUCCUCUGGUGGAAGCGGUACCUUACAGAAAUUCAAAUCGCUCAGUUCAUCUUGUGCAUCGCACAUACAAUUCGGGCUUUGUGCACUGACUGCGGUUUCCCGUCAUUCGUAUCGGCAUUACUCUUACUGAACGCUUCCAUAUUCUUCGUGCUAUUUAUGAACUUUUAUAUUCAAACAUAUAAAAAACAAUCGACGCUAGAAAAAAAGAUUGACUGAACAUUUAUGAUUAUAAUGUAAUUUGAUUUAUGAUAUUUAUAAUUAUAAAAAAAAAAAUU